AUGUGGGUAUUCGAGUCGUUGAACUGCAUUGUCUGCAAAAAGCCGUUUGUGCCGAUUGCAAGACAGCCUCGAUCUCCACGACUUUUGCUUUGUGGAUCGGCGAUGUGUCAUGAAUGUUUCGAGAAGGAAAAGUCGUUGAAACAAGAGGAGAGGGAACAUAAAUGCGAUUACGGCGAAAAAUGCUUCUACAAUCCCAACUUUGCUUACUGUGUGAUUGAUGUGCUAUCACAGGAUUGCUUCACUCUUUCGCCGAUUUUGGGCGGAUAUUUGCUUAUGAAGCCAUUGGUCAAUCCUGAAUGCCCAAUCUGUCACGAUGAAUAUUCGAACAAAGACGCUUCUAAGGAGGCUUUUUUUUUGUAUUGUAUGCACAUUGUAUGCACUGAAUGUCGUCAGAAAAGGUCGGAGCAAAAUAACGAUAUCGCGACACGGGCUACUUGGACAUACGAAAUUGCUUGUCCGACUUGUACUACGACAAGUCGAGUCAUUACGACAAGUGGUGAAAAUCGUCGGAAAAAUUGGUUGCAAGAUUUCUUGAACGAAUUGCCUGAAAUGACAUACCAAUUAGAAGAAAUGAAUAAAUCUGGAUAUCGUUUUUGUGAUGAAUGCAAGAAAUUGGAUAUUGUUGACGAAAUGCAUCAUUGUAAGAAGUGCUCGUUGCAGCUAUGUGGUAACUGUAUCUACAAGAAUCAUCGAUCACACAAGGCAGUCACACUUCUGCAAAAAGAGGCGGAUUUAAUGUCUCACGAGCUUUGCGAUCUUUCAAUCAAUUUCUUAAACGAAUUGCCUGAAAUGACUCGUCAACUAGAAGAAAUGGAUAAAACGGGAUAUCGUUUUUGUGAGGAAUGCAAGGGAUUGGAUGUUGUCGACAGAAUGUUUCGCUGCAACGGAUGCGUGUUGAAGCUUUGCGGCACUUGCACUCACAGAAGACAUCGAUCACACGAAACGAUGACUCUUUUAGAAAAUGAGGUUAAUCAAAUGUCGGAGAAGCUUCGUUGUGUUUCAUUUGAUGAGAUCAACAAGUCGGUGUUUCCGGUUCUUCACAACGAACUUAUUAAUGGUAUCCACUUAUUUGAGGAGAAAUUUAUUAACCAAGUCGAUACUCUUACGACUGUUGUUACUUACGAAGGAUUGCAGAAGGAUCACAAAGAGUGCAUGAAGCUGAAGACGGACUUUGAGGCGUGCUCAGAAGAAUAUAUGCGAGAGUUACUCAAAUACGACGCAAAGAUUAAGGUGGGC